CGUGGGAUGCAAUGCGAGUGUCGGAGACGAAGUGAAGUCUCUGCUGGGCUGGUUGGUGCUAUAAAUUGCUGGUCCUGCCACCUCUACCAUGCCGGUGCCUUUCCUUCCCAGCACCUCCACUGCCACCUGUGAUUUAUUCCCGUUCAACUAAAGGCUACACACCAUGAAGUUCUCUAUCCUCGCUCUUCUGGCCCUGUCAGCCUGUGCGGUCGCCCAAGAGACCGAGUCCACCUCUGAGUCUCUCGCGCCCAGCCCUACCGAGUCCGUUGGCUGUGAACCUCACGGCGACCACUGGCACUGCGACGCACCUGCAACAUCCACCGCUGACAGCGAGUCCACCUCCGAAAGCCUCGCUCCCAGCCCUACCGAGUCAAUCGGCUGCGAACCCCACGGUGACCACUGGCACUGCGACGCUCCCGCCACAACCACUUCAGACUCUGACUCCGAUUCUUCCUCCGCUACGUCCAGCGCUGAUGCCGAAUCCUCCGAGUCCAUCGCGCCCAGCCCUACCGAGUCCGUCGGCUGCGAGCCCCACGGCGACCACUGGCACUGCGAUGCUCCCCGUGAGACUGACGCUUCGUCGACCGAGGAGGCUGGUGCUGAGGAAACCGGUGGUGAGCCCGAGGAUGCCGCUGGUAUUGUCUCCGUGCAGCUCUCUGCUGUUGUCGUGAUGGCUGUUGGUGCCGCUGCUGUCUUGCUCUAGGCGUUCGGCUUUCAUAGAGUGGGUUUCUGGAUGUAAAUAUGGAUAUGGAUAUGUAUUUAUGACAUAGGAGGUGGAAUGGAUUCUCUAAUGGUAUGGUUAAUAAAAUGGUCUUGCUUUAUUUGGAUUUCUUCUCCCUUAU